AUGGAGUCGGCUUCAACCGUCGAGCUUAUCAACAGCUACGCCAAGGAAAAGCACAAUGGUAUCCUGAGGUGCGGUGUGCACGAGUUCAAAGGAAGGGUGCUGUAUGCGACGGGUGACCGUCAAGCGGGAGAAACACUUCUGAGAGAGCCCCCGCUGCAUUCAGUGCGCGCCGACCCGACCAACCCGCUCUAUAAGGAGCUGGAGUCUCUUUGCAAGGAGUGCAGUUUCCAUCUUGAGCCAAUAUGGUACUGGUGCGCCUUGAACUCGAUCAUCCUCGACACGCACCCGCCUGUUUCAGGACUCGUGUCGAUUACGCAGAGACAGUCCGAGCUCCUUCGUGUGCUGCACGUCCCCUCGGAAAUCACCCCGUGCAAGGAAGUCAAGAAGAUCAUUCGCUCGUUUGACCUGGAAAAGCGGACCUCCCCUGAGGAGUUGGAGCUUCUUCUCCAGAUUUGGAUCCACAACUGCUUCGAACAAUUCGAGGAUCCUGUCGGCUACGUGAUCUACUUUAUGCCGUCCUUCAGUUCCCACUCAUGUCUACCCAACGCCCUCUGGUUUACUGACGAGGACCACACCUUCGUUCUUCGGACUCGCGCAGAUAUCGCGGCUGGGGACGAGGUGACGCUGACGUAUCUCUCUGAGGAAGACCUCAUGCGGCCGACUCUGCAUCGCCGAAGAGUCCUCAGCGAAACCAAGGAUUUCAUCUGCGCGUGCGAAAGAUGUGCAGCGCCCGUCGACUUCUCCCGCGGCUUCCGCUGCCCCUCGUGUGGAGUCGGGACCGUCUACGUCGAGCCAGAUGCGGAACUCUCCGUCGAGGAGGUCGACGAAGUUUUCGCGGCUGCUGGCAGCCAAACGGUGGAGGCGUUCCUGCCCUCGCGUCGCCCUGGCAACAGCUCGAGCAUGCCGAAUCCGUCGACCUCGUCGGGGGUUUCCUCUCUGUCGGUGUCCGAGGCGCCUACCGGGCGGCAGCCGUCGGAGGGGGGAACUCCAGGUUUUCCGUCUGCUCACCCGUCGCAGGACGUGUUGCUCGAUGACGGUCCCGCCCGCGAUGGCGCUGACGGAGACUCUUCUCGCCCCACGCCUCUCUCAGUCUCUCUGCUGACCUCAUCUGCCUCGGCUCUCGAAGGGUUGCUCCCGCUGACGAUCUGGAUGUGUCUCCUCUUCCCGGCGCUGGCGGCGGCGCGGCUCGCCGGCGGGAGACGGACCUCGUGGGGCUCAAACGCGGAAGCGUGCAUCAUCGCAGUGGGUCCUCAGCUUUCUUCAGAGUUGUCGGGUGAACUCGAAACGAAGCGCGUCGACGCCUCGGGGCUCUUGGCGAGCGUUUCGCCUGCUCAAAUGAGUCAGGCCGUCCUGGCGAGGAUCCACCGGUCUCUCGCCUCCAUUCCGACUGUGAAGUGCACGCAGCAGCAGGUUUCACCGAAUGCAUGUGUUCUGUGCAAGCGCGAGUGGACUCACCGCGACAGAGUCAAGUGUCUCGCCCUGGAAGCGCUCAUGGGGCGGUGGGCGAAUCCGCAAGACGAUGCAGAUUCGCGGGAGUCUGUUGAGGGCCAAGACGAAGAUCACAAACAAGAAGAGGACCUCGACGUGGACCGAGCGGAGGAAGAAGCGACCGACGGCAACGGCUUCGCGCGAGGUAAGAUCUUCGGGCAGGGCGGCUCAGCUUCCCAAGAGCGCGGCCCGAAGGAGUCAAGUGGAGGGGGUGCCGGCGGCUCAGCGGCAAAACAGGAGCGAGAGAGCAAAGACGCGUUGGCGGCGACGCCGUGCUCAGAGCGAACCGGACAGAAAAAGCGCCGCGACAAGGAGAGAGAAGACGGCGGAACACGGAGAGAAGGACCAUCCGUGAACGGACGGACUGGCGAGGGUCUGGUAGAAGAAGGGCCUGCGGGCUCGCCGCAAGGAAGCGAAAGUGUGCGGACACGCUUGGUGUGUCCGUCGUGGUCUGCCUUCGCAAUGGCUUACGUGAAGACGAUGAAAGACCUGGUUCAGUUGAGAGGUGACACUGACGCGUCUCCGUCCCUUUAUCUUCUUUCUCUGCGCACAGAAGAGCAAGACCGAAACGCGCAAGAGGCGCAUCUCACGGGCGCGGAGGCGGGCAAGGCGUCUUCGACUAAGACGUCCCGAAGGAAAAGCAAGAAAAAGUUCGGCUUCGACGUCGAUCUCGACGAGACAGACAACGCCGUGCAGAGUCAACGCCGCGGGUGGCUCAUGGGAAGGCGGGUCUCCUUCCUGCGGCGACUGCUAAAAAAGAGUUGGCGGCGCGCUCUCCCCGACGAGCACCGGCACUGCCUGGAUAUCCUGCUUCCGGAGAUCUUCCAAGUCCACUGGCAUCUUGUCUGCUGGCUGAAGACACGCGCGGCGACCUCGACAGGCGCGGAGAGAGCGGCUUUGCAAGACGCAGUGGUGUACCAACAGCGGAAUCUCUAUCCUGGACUGAAUGCAGCUCUAGGCUGGUCACUUGACGAAAUGGCCGAAAUGCUUCUCAUGGCUUACCGGGAUCAGCCGGACAAGCCGGUAAAGCUGUCGUCGACCAGUAUGAAGGCAUUGCUGCAGGACCGCUCGAUUUUGGCUGCGUAUGAGGAAGCCGUGUCUAUCCUCGGCACACUGUUUGAAACUAAUCACCAGUUUGUGACCGACGUGACCAAGAAGCUCGGCGUCCUUUCGGACUGGAUUCACCGCUGUGGACUCGAGAUGGAGCCCCUAGCCACUCCGUGGCUAACUGCGGGGCAGCGUUUUUUUCAGAGGUCCUACAGUGGGCAUACUACCCCAGGCCUCCUUUGUUUGUCUGACAGGGUAACGCCGUGGGCCAUUGUGGAGCGCAGUUUCCAAUUGCCUCAGCCGUGA